UAGCAACAGCUGGCCAAUCGCACCCCUCCAAGGGGCGGGAGCUAGGAAGCCGCCUCCCGAUUGGUACGUGGGCUUCCUCUGCGCCGCGAGAUGUCCACGUACCCUUAUGUAAGAGGAAGAGAAUCAAGAGGAGACCUCACUUCCCAUCCUUGUGCAGCAAUGGAGACAGAACGGCUGCUGGCUCCUAUCACUGCUCUAGAAAUUGUGGAUGAUCACCUUGUCGCAGGUGAAGGACCCUACAUAGCCAUCUACCCUCUAGAGCCUGAUGCUAGCCAAUCAGCAAGAUGCUAUAAGCAGGUCCUUCGGAACUAUAACAUCCAUGGUAUCAAGGAGCAACAGAAAGUGGCUCCAGGAGCGAAAGAAUCCCCCACCCUGGCUGUCUUUGGAGGCAAAGGCCUUGUCUUCAUAGAGCUCAGCCUCCAGAGCAGCACAGUAAAACUGGCUGAACUCUUUUCUUUUUGUGAGCUGCACGACUGGAUCUGGGACCUGCAGUGGCUGAAGGCACCCAGCUGUGUGGCUUUGGCCCUGGGCCAUAACUCCAUAGCACUGUAUGACUGCACUGGCCAGCGGAUCCUCCAAGAAGUGCACUGCCAGGAGAAAUGCAUCCUCUACUCUGCCCACUUGGUUGGGAGCAGCUGGGACACCUUGGUUCUGGUGGCUGGCACAGUCUUUAACCAGCUGGUGGUCUGGUGUGUGGCUGACCCAGCUGAUGACACAGGCAGGAUAAAGCCCCGCGGCAGGAUCAGUGGGCACAAUGGCGUCAUUUUCAGCAUCUGCUUCUUGGAGAGCAAAAACAUCCUGGCUUCAGCCUCCGAUGACAGAAGCCUGCGGCUAUGGGCCAUCGGCGACCUCAGGGCACCCCCUGAUCCUGUCCAGUGCUUGUUGGUAUGCUACGGGCACCAGUCUAGGGUUUGGUCGGUUCGGCUGCUGAGCGACUACAUUAUCAGCAUUGGAGAAGAUUCCGCUUGUCUCAUGUGGAACUACCAGGGUGAGAUUGUUCAGACUUUCAAAGGACACAGGGGCCAUGGCCUUCGGGCAGUGGCUGUACAUGAGAGGCGGGGCUGGGUGUUCACGGGUGGGGCUGAUGCUGGCAUUAGGCACUGGCAACUCAAGGGCAAGAGUGUCAGUGGGAACAGCCUCAUGCAACUGAACUUCCCCUCACCUCAGAGACGAGGAUCACCCAGAUCAGUGAAACUUGUGGAUAUAAACCAUCUCCUUGUGAUAACUGAUGCUGGAGCUGUCUAUGCUUAUGACUUGACCUCUAAAGCCUGGACAUUGAUCCUGGAGGAUGCUGCCUAUCGGUCCUACAGCCUCCUGGAGAUCAUUGAGCUCAUCAGUGGUGAUGUCCUGUGUGCCAUGGGCAAUCUUUCAGGACAGGUCAAAGUAUUCCCUCUCUGCAGCCCGACUGAAGGCAAGGAGCUAAAGCUGUACGAGGGGAAAGUGCACAGCCUGAGCUGGGCCUCUUAUCCAGGACAAGAUCCCACCGCUUGCAGUCUCUUUGUUUCUGGCUCAGCUGGCACUCUGCUGUGGCUGGAGGUCUCUUUCCGCCCACUUGAGGGAGUGACUCUGGUGGUCAGACAGUGUUUCCUCCUGCCGCUCUGCAAGCAGCGAUGGCACACCUGCACCGCCUUCCUGCCCCAGGGAGAGUUUCUGCUUUGCGGUGACCGCAGGGGCUCUCUAAUGCUGUUUGCAUGCAAGGCAGCGCUUCAAUUGGAGAAGGCAUUGGGAAGAGAAAAAUUGGGCUGCUCUGGUUUAGAAGCGGUCUCUCAUUUGCGUGGCCUAACCUUUCCUAUUGGAGGAGAAGAGCCAUGUGCCGAAGGGCCUGUCUCUCUGCUCUUCGGGCUGCACGGGAAGCUCGGUGUGACCUCUGUCACCUGCCAUGGCGACUUCAUCUACAGCACCGGCCGGGAUAGCUGCUACCGCCAGCUCCAGGUGCAAGGCCAUCAGCUCCAAGUCCUGAGGAAGCAGAAGCCAUGCAAGGGCCUAGAAUGGCUGGAAGAGCUACGCUUCGGCCCUCAGGGGAGCAUGUGGGUGCUAGGCUUCCACGCCACCCACUUUGUGCUCUGGAGUGCCAGCAGCAAUGAGAUGCUGCUGUUCAUCCCCUGUGGCGGUGGUCACCGCUCCUGGAGCUACAUUCGCUGCCUCUCGGCAGAAAUCUUUGCUUAUGUCAAAUCCGGAGAUGUUGUAAUGUACCAAAAUAAAGAUGCACAGGGUGGGCAGCGCAUCCUCAAAGCAUCUCUGCAUGGACGGGAGCUGACAUGUGUGUGCCAUGUCGGGACUUUGCGAACAUCCAGGGAGGAGCUGGUGAGCAUCUUUGCCACUGGCAGUGAGGAUAGCAUGGUCAAUAUUCUAGCCUAUGGGCUGCAGACUCAGUCAGUGACCCAGCUCACAGCUAUUGGUGACCAUAUCUCAAGCGUGAGAGCUCUGGCUGUGGCCAAGGGCAGUGCCACUCAGCCAGAGAUGGGAAGCAUCUCCACCGUCCUUUUCUCAGCUGGAGGCCGGGCCCAGAUUGAGUGUUUCCAGAUACUGCUCACCCCUAAUCAUGGUUCUAGUGGCAGUAUAGUCUGUCAGCUGAUCCACAUGGCAUCCCAUCGCCUAGAUGAGCAGUGGGACCUUAUGAAGAACAGGCACAAGUUCAUCAAAAUGGACCCAGAGACCAGGUAUAUGUCAAUUACGGUGCUGGCUGGUCCCUCACUUUUCCUAGCUGCUGCUUGCAGUGAUGGAUCUGUCCGACUCUUCCUGCUGCUUGAGCAUACCCAGAAGCUGUGGCUAGUGGCAGAGUCCUUUCACCAUCAGCGCUGUGUCCUGAAGGUUCAGGCAUUUGAAUGCAAGACAGGUGGUGGAGGAAGAAGACACUUCUUGAGCAGCGCUGCCACUGAUGGGAGCAUUGCAUUUUGGGAUAUCACCGCUACCCUUAAGCAUGCUGUAGAGGCUGCAAAGGUGGAAAGCAUGGAGAUGAAGCUUCUGGCCCUGGAAGCCCCAGUCCUGACCAUCCAAGCUCACAGCUGUGGUGUGAAUAGCCUCCAUAUCCAGGAAACAGCGGACGGGUAUUUCCUCGUAGCCAGUGGCAGUGAUGAUGGUUCCAUCUCUCUUAGUGUUAUCGAUGUGAAUGCUGAAAGCACCACUGAUCAAGGAGCCAGUGAUAGGACUGGUAUCCGUGUUCUGAGAAAGGUUUCCAGACUUUGUGCUCAUGCGGCUCAUGUGACGGGAAUAAGACUCUUACAGCCAGACUUCCUCCUCUCGGCUUCUGUGGACCAGCGUUUGACACUUUGGCACCUUUGUGAGGACAGCUUGUCUUUUGUGUGCAGCAAAUUCUGCCACGUGGCUGAUGUGGCUGCGCUGGAGUGUUGGGAAGCUGGGCCACACAACUUUCGCAACGUGAUUUGUGGGCAGGGCCUGGAGAUCAUCUGUUGCAAUCCGGAUGUGCCUGGUGCAGCAGUAAAAGAUUGUGUAUGAAGGAGUGUGAACUGUUUGUUCUGUUGGGUUGCAAAAGUAGGAAUGACUGUUGGGGACACACAGCACCAUCGUGUGACUGUAGUGCAGUGGUAGAGCAUCUGCUUUGCAUGCAGAAGGUCCCAGGUUCAAUCCCCAGCAUCUCCAAGUCAAGCUGGGAAAGAUUCCUUGCCUGAAAUACUGGAGAGCUGCUGCUAGUCAGCGCAGACAGUACUGAACUAGAUGGACCAAUGGUCUGAAUCGGUAUUAAGGCAGCUUCCUAUGUUGCUAUGUGAAAGCAGCAAAGACCGUAAGAAUACUUUGUCCCCUCUCUUCUGGGAGAAACCGCUUCCACGGUAGCCAUACAGAUACUACCCUGAUCAUCACAUCACUUGUCUGUUCUUCUUCACCUACAGCUACGUUGUUUGAGAGCAGUUAUACCCCACUUUAGCAGAGUGCCUGGGUCCGUGGUGUUGAAUGUGACAACAAUCAUGCUCACCUGAUGCCAGUCCCACUGUUUCCACUGGUCAAAUGACUGAAACUCCUUUUACUUACGAAUGUCCUCGAUUCUAGCUUCUGAUUACUGAGGAGAAAUAUAGGAAGCUGCCUUAUACCUCAUCAGACUGUUUGUGCAGCUGCCCUGGUAGUAGCUAUCCUUGCUGGCAGUGGCUCUCCAGGGUCUGGAGAUGUCAGGGAUUGAACUUCUGUACGUAAAGCAUGUUCUCUGUCUAUAUGGGCCCAUUCCCUAUGGAGGCUCGAUCUGGCUUGCCUUUUAGCCACACUGGAUUGUUCCUCAAGGCCAACCUCCACAACGGUGUGAUGCAUCCCAUUCACAUGGAUUCUCAUGGGGAAAUAGCUGAUCAUAUGAUUGCCUGCUGUGACCAGAACCAAUAGAACUUAAGUUCCCUCCUCCCAUGGCAGAGAAGGGUUUCCUGUUGUCACAUGAUGGAGUCUUGCCUGCCGACCCAGAAUAGCCAUGACAGCUAUUGACUUACUUAGUAGAGUGUCUGUUUGAUGAAUAUUCACUCUUUUUCCCCCAAAAAAAACAAUUUAUUGAGUUUUUUUUAAAAAAGGAAUAAAGGACAAAACACAAACACCAGCCACAUGUAUGAAUUCA